AUGGAGAUGAACAGUGUAUUAUUUCCUGCCCCCAAAAGUACAUACACCAUAACAGACCCUAUUGCUAGAGAUUUAGUCUUCAUUCCAAGGAAUUUUAAGAAAAUAAUGAAGUAAUAAAUGAUGGAGGAAUUAAAAAGUAUGCAAGAUCAGUAAAGCCCGCGAGAUUAUUAACCUGAUGAUGAUUAGAUUAAUGUGAUUUAAGAUGAUUUUAUUAAAACUCAGAUAUAUUCCAAGAUGCCUAACAAAAAAUGUGUUUCAGUAUUUGAUACUCUUGAAAUGAGAAAACAUCGUCUUGGAGAAUUUACUGAUAGAUUCUAUCAAACCUAAAAUAGCAAGGCAAAUAAUGCUGAUGAGCUUUUUAAUGACACUGAAUCAUUGUCAAGGUUUAAUAGUAACACUUUAGAAGAUGAUAAUGACAGAACACAAAGUUUUAAUAAUUUAAAGAAUAAGGAAAAACAGCAAAAACUAAUGGAUCACAUACCUUGUCUCUACUUGCCUUUCGAUCAUGGUUCUAGUAAAAUACUACUCUACUUUCAUGGCAAUGCUGAAGAUAUUGGUUUAUCUAGACCAUUCUUAGAUUAUAUUAGACAACUCAAUAGAAUGCAUGUAAUGGCUGUUGAGUACGUAGGUUAUGGAAUAUAUUAGGGUGAUGUCGAUGCUAACUAAGUAAUGUUUGAUGCUGAGACAGUACUGGAAUUCCUUAUUAAAUAUCAAUAAAUUGAUCCUUAGCAAAUAGUACUAUGUGGUAGAUCUAUCGGCUCUGGUCCUGCUACCUAUCUAGCCUCAAAAUAUUUAGUGAGCUGUUUGAUGCUAAUUGCCCCAUUUACAUCAAUUAGAGAUAUGGCAAAGUAAAUAUCUGGAAGAGUUUUCUAAUACUUUAUUACUGAUAGGUUUAGAAACAAAGACUAUAUAAAGAGAGUAAAAUGCCCUACCUUUAUUCUGCAUGGCUAGAAAGAUACUUUGAUACCACUCAAACAAUCAGAAUAUCUACAUUUUAAAUGUGGAGGUCCAUGUGCAUUAGUAACUCCAAGAGAGAUGGAUCAUAAUCAAUUUGACAUUAUAAACGAUUUAAUCAUCCCCUUUAAUACAUUCAUGAAGAAAGCUGGAAUAUCUAACUCUUACUCAACCAACUUGUAGGGAUUUAAUAAAGAUGGUGUAGUAUAAUUUGAUCAAGCUUUUAAAGAAAUUCCUUAGGAAUUUGAGAAGGUUUAGGCUACUAAAUCCUCGAUUUGGAAUUGGAUUAUCAGAAAAUUGCAAAAAUGA